GGCGUGUACGGCUUGAUGGAGCUAUCAUGGUCAGUUCCGCUACAGCGACAGCGAGAUAAGAUAGCAGAGAUAUGCUAUCAGAGAGCUGGAGUGUCGAGAAGUGCCAGCGAGGGCAGUGAGGAGGUGCCACCCCGAUACGUGGGACGCUCGCUUUGUUGUGCCGCGACUGGUGGCUUCGGAUUCUGGAAGGCAUUUGGAAGUGCGUGCAAGAGAGGCGGGCGGGGCGAGCGGGGCAGCAUGAUCACCUCCUUGUUCGCGUUCAAGCGGCUGAAGGAUGACUGCGACGAGGACGGACGCGGGCACGAAGGAGCCGAGACCCGAGAGCGAGGGAGGCUCCGGCCGAAGGACAAGACAUAUGGAGCUGACGACAAGCCCUUUAUGGUUGACAUGAAGGAGAUGAGCGGAUACGAGAAAAACCUGUACCUCUACUCGGAGGAGAUGGCGGACCGGCCGCGGGUGUCCAUGAUGAUCAACUCGCUGGCCAACUACAACGCCACCAUCCCCUCGGCCGAGGACGAGGACGCCAAGAAGCUGAAGCCCGUGGCCAAGCUGGGCACUCUGCUGGGCGUGUUCCUCCCGUGCAUCCAGAACAUCUUCGGCGUCAUCCUCUUCAUCCGUAUGCCGUGGAUCGUGGGCACCGCCGGGGCCCUCCUGGCCUUCACCAUCGUGUUCAUGUGCUGCUGUACAACCUUCCUGACCGGCAUCUCCAUGUCCGCCAUCGCGACCAACGGCGUGGUGCCGGCAGGAGGCUCCUACUUCAUGAUCUCGCGCUCCCUCGGGCCGGAGUUCGGCGGCGCCGUCGGCAUCCUCUUCUACAUCGGCACGACGGUCGCGGGAGCUAUGUAUAUUAUUGGAGCAGUAGAGAUAGUGCUGACCUAUAUGGCGCCAGUAUUAUCCAUAUUUGGAGACUUUAGAAAAGAUCCAAGUAUAAUGUACAAUAACUUCCGAGUUUACGGCACCAUCCUGCUGUGGGUGAUGUGCUUCAUCGUGAGCAUCGGCGUGGCCUUCGUCAGCAAGUUCGCCACCGUCGCCCUCGCCUGCGUCAUUGGCUCCAUCAUCUCCAUCCUGGUGGGCAUCUUCGUCAACAUCAACGGCUCCGACAAGCUCCAGAUGUGUAUGUUGGGAGCCCGGUUGCUAACACAAGUUACAAAUUGCACCAAAGAUAGAGAUGGAGACUUGUGGAAGCUAUAUUGUGAUAAAGGCAAUGGAACAUAUGCCACAGACGAGGCAGACUGCGACCAGUAUUUCCAUGACCAUAAUGUUUCCACGAGAAAUGCCAUUGUUGGGUUGUCAUCUGGAGUGUUCUCAUUGAACCUGGGAUCUCACUUCAUGGAGGAUGGCCAGAUCGUAGCAAGCACGGACGACCCAGAUGAUUAUGAGUCACUGAACAACCCAACUUACAACCAGAUCAUCAUUGACAUAACCACAUCAUUCACUGUGCUCGUUGGUAUUUUCUUCCCUUCUUGCACAGGAAUCAUGGCUGGAAGCAACAGAUCUGGUGACUUGGCCGAUGCACAAAAGAGCAUUCCUGUAGGAACCCUAGCUGCCAUCUGCGCAACUUCAUUUGUGUAUCUCUCCUAUUUGCUCCUCUUUGCUGGCUCAUACGACAUGCUCUUGAUGAGGGACAAGUUUGGCCAGAGUGUGGGAGGAAAGCUGGCUAUUGCGUCCAUUUCUUGGCCCAAUGAAUGGGUAAUCUUGGUGGGCUCACUCCUCUCCACUGUAGGCGCUGGGUUACAGAGUCUUACGGGAGCUCCAAGGUUAAUCCAGGCCAUAGCAAAAGAUGGAAUUAUACCCUUCCUUGCACCAUUUGCCAAGUCCUCUGCCCGGGGAGAGCCACUCAGAGCACUGUUGUUCACAGGCUGUAUUUGUCAGAUUGCAAUCUUGAUUGGUAACCUCGAUUACAUUGCGCCAAUCUUGUCCAUGUUCUUCUUAAUGUGCUACGGCUUUGUCAACCUUGCCUGUGCCCUCCAGACAUUGCUGCGCACCCCAAACUGGCGUCCAAGAUUUAAGUACUAUCACUGGUCUUUGUCAUUCAUUGGUCUCUCACUCUGCAUCACUGUGAUGUUCAUGACUUCCUGGUAUUAUGCGUUGUUGGCCAUGCUGCUUGCUGGCAUCAUCUACAAGUACAUCGAAUUCCGUGGUGCAGAAAAGGAAUGGGGAGAUGGUAUCCGUGGUCUGGCCCUUUCUGCUGCUCGCUACUCUUUGCUCCGCUUAGAAGAAGGUCCACCACACACUAAGAACUGGAGACCACAGAUUGUAAUCCUUGCCAAAUUAACGAAGGACCUUGUUCCCAAGUAUAAGAAGCUUUUUACUUUUGCAUCACAGUUAAAAGCUGGAAAGGGUCUCACAAUGGCAGUGUCAAUUAUUGAAGGAGAUUAUGUGAAAAGUUAUGGUGAGGCUUUAGCUGCAAGACAGAGUCUGCGCAGAGCCAUGGACGAGGAAAAAGUGAAGGGCUUUGUGGACACACUGGUUGCCAAGAACAUGACAGAAGGAAUUAGUCAUAUCAUCCAAACUUGUGGUCUAGGAGGGAUGAAGCCAAACACAGUCAUUCUUGGUUGGCCCUAUGGCUGGCGGCACUCGCCAGAUGAGCGUUCAUGGCGUGUGUUCCUUGAUACUGUGCGCAAUGUUUCUGCUGCAAAGAUGGCUCUUCUUGUUCCUAAAGGCAUUAACUUCUAUCCAGACUCUAUGACAAAGGUUUCAGGUACAAUUGAUAUUUGGUGGAUUGUGCACGAUGGUGGUCUCCUCAUGUUGCUGCCAUUCCUUCUCCGGCAGCACAAGGUCUGGAAGAACUGCAAGAUGCGCAUCUUCACCGUUGCUCAGCUUGAGGACAACAGUAUACAAAUGAAGAAGGAUCUCAAGACAUUCCUGUACCACUUGCGUAUCGAUGCUGAAGUUGACGUUGUGGAAAUGAUGGACAGUGACAUCCAAACAUACACAUAUGAACGCACACUGAUGAUGGAGCAGCGCACACAGAUGUUGAAAGAACUGCGACUCAACCGCAAAGAGAAACUCAAUAUUUCGGAACUAGGGUUUGAGACUGCCAAUAUUGAAGACAAACUUCCUCUGGUUCAGGCCAUAGUUGACCAUCAUCACCCCAGCAGUGAACACUCGGCCAGUAAAGUGCGCUUCAAGGAGGAGGAGCCAGCUGCUGACUCUGACACAGAAGCUGAGAAGAGUGUAGCAGAAGAUACAGAUAAGAAGGCAAGCAAAAACGAAAGCUUUAAGAAGCUUCUAACCAUUAAACCUGAUGAAGCAAAUGUACGAAGGAUGCACACUGCAGUGAAGUUGAAUGAAGUCAUAGUGAAUAAGUCCCACAACGCACAGCUAGUCAUCAUCAACUUGCCUGGCCCACCAAAAACCUCCCGGCCAGAGACUGAAAGUAACUAUAUGGAGUUCUUGGAAGUGCUCACAGAAGGACUGGAGAAGGUGUUGAUGGUGAGGGGCGGAGGCAGGGAGGUCAUUACUAUUUACUCCUGAGUCUUUGGCACCUUGUGUGUACUUAGAAUACACUUUACCAUUCUCUUGUUUGUGUCCAACUUGUUUACAGGAGAUGGUAAUGCUAAUGGAAACUUUACAAACAACAUUUGCUUACCAGUUUAUAGCUUACAUAUAGGGAUUACAGACUUUGGAGACCAUUGCAUCAGAUAUACUGGCUGUGAUCUCCAUUUGUGUCCAAUACACAUUGUGUGAGAUAUCUACUUCAGUAAGUUUUAUGGAAAAGAAAAAUGGAGUAUUUUUGUUAUUUCUUGACAGGUGUUUAAAAUCCAGCCAAGUAUGAUUGUGUGAAUAUAAGCAGAUCCAGUGAUGAGAAUUUAAAAUAAACUUUCUGCAAAUGAAGUAGAAUGGUAAUGAGGUGAAAUAACAGCAAUUGUGUGCUGAUAAGUGGAGGAUACUGCUUCAUCUUGUUCAACACUAAAGCUUCAAAGUCUCUUGACUGUAUUAGUAAAGAUUUUUUUUUACUAGUUGGUUGAAGGAUUUUUGGCAUAUAUUUACAGGUGUAACAAAUUUAAGGAAAACAACAUGGGGGGAAAGUUCACUUUGGAAAGGAGACUACUCAUAGUGAAUUAGACAUUUUAAUGUUAUAGUCUUCAGUAACAACAUUAAUAAUGAUGGCCUAUGUCAUUGAGACCACCUUCAAACUCUCAUAAUUUACAACAAUGAAAUAUCUCACCAAAGCACUAGUUUAUAAUAUUACAGAAGAUAUGAACCAGUCUGCUGCUGAUACAAGAUGCUUCAGUAAUGCAGAGAUUUUAUGAACUAGGUUACAGUUGGUAUUUAAAAUGAUAAAAUGAUCCUUUGGUUAUUACUGAGGUAAUUUUGAAGUAUGUUAGACUAUUUCAUGUAGAACUUUGUUUUAGCAAAUUUGUUUGUAGCAGCAAUGCGAGUUGUUUAAAAAUAAAUACAUGCAUACCUUCAUAAAGUUUACAUACAAAUAUACUUACUCUCUAAUUCACAGUAUUUGACAUUUAUUUUAAUAUAAACAGUGUAUAUAGUAUUACAAAUAUUAAUUUAUUUUCUUUAUGUUUUACUUUCAGCAUUAAUAUUGAUAAAUUUAUUUUAUUAACUCCUUUAUUCAGAAAAGAUGAAUUUUAAGAAGUUAACUUUUUUAUGUGGGAUUCACAUAUGGAGUGCAAUUUGAUCUACGCUAUUAUGAUAUUUGUAUAAGUAUCAAUCAAAGAAAAUAUCAAAGAAGUAGAUGUGACUCUUUAAAGCAAUAUUUUAGACUAGAAGCAACAUGUAAAUGUGAUCAGAAUCCUUAUUUCUGCUCUUAACUUUUUUUUUUUUUAUUGAAUAUGUUUUUAGAUGUUAUAUUUAUUUUUUUGUUAUUGCAAAUAAACUCCUGAGUUGUUUUUGAAAUAUGUAAACAUUUGUGAUAGUAAAAUAAAGAAUAGUUCUUC